AUGGCUUCCCCCAACCCCGCCUACCAAGCCAUUCUCAACGACCUCAACAGAGACGUCGCGCAGAAGCAGCCCGACGACGUUGUUCAGUUCUGCGCCGACUGGUUCCAGGACAAGUUGCGCAAGGAACGUUCUGCUUCGUCCAGGACAGCCUCGCCUUCCUCGCGCCGUAACAAGGGCCCCGGCAACCCGUCAUCCUUUGACGAGGAUCCCGCUUCGGACACUCUGUCCCCCUUUGAGAAGGGUCCCUCCGACGGACCAUUCAGUGGUGGUGCUGCCGGUGCAAGGAACGCCGCCGCUGCUGCUGCCGCUGCCGGUCUUGGCGCCGGCAUGUUUUCUUCUCCAUUCGGCGGCAACGGUAACGCUACCGCCCGUGCCACCGACGACUCGUCGCCUUUCAGCGAGGAGGCUCCCGGCGGUCCGUUUGGCAACGCCAGCCCAUUCGGCGCCUCGCCGUUCGGUGCCGGCGCCCAGACUCCUUCGGCACCGGUCGGUGUCCCGUCCAACGACCUCGACGACCACGCCUUUGACGAGCCUCCCAUCCCUUCAUACGCCUUGGGACGUCGCACGUCCGUGUCGGCCGAGUCCCUCGUGCCAACGGCCUCGAGGACCUUUGACCCCACCCACGCGUUCAUUGCCGAGGAGGAUGAGGACGCUCCCGAGGCAGCCCCCGAGAUGCCCGUCUUCCCCAAGUCGGACGAGCAGCUCAAGCGAAUUAGGGAGGCUAUCAGGCCCAACUUCCUCUUCCGCAACCUCGACGAGGAGCAGGAGCACGAUGUUCUUGCUGCGAUGAAGGAGAUCAAGGUCCAGCCCGGAGAGACUGUGAUCCAGCAGGGCGAUGCCGGUGACUACUUUUACAUUGUCGAGUCUGGAGAGCUCGACAUUUUCGUCAAGCGCGACGACCAGGUCCUCGAGCCCGAGAAGGGCGACCGUCCCGACCUGGGCAAGUGGGUGCACACGUCCAAGACUGGCGAGUCGUUUGGCGAGCUCGCAUUGAUGCACAACGCGCCUCGUGCGGCCACCAUCAUCUCCAAGACCCCAUGCACCCUCUGGGCCCUUGACCGCGUGUCCUUCCGCACCAUCCUCCUUGACCACACGUCUCGCAAGCGCAGGCUGUACGAGUCGUUCCUUGCCACUGUGUCCAUCCUGUCUUCGCUCAAGGCUUCUGAGCGUGCCAAGGUUGCCGACGUCCUCGAGGCCCGUACCUUCAACGAGGGCGAGAAUGUCCUUAUCGAGGGCGAGGAGGGCGACGAGUUCUUCCUCAUUGAGAGUGGUUCCGCCGAGGCCAUCAAGAACAUGAACGGCGUCCCCACCGUCGUCAAGAAAAUGAGUGUUGGUGACUACUUUGGCGAGCUGGCUCUCCUCAACCGCCAGACUCGUGCGGCUACCGUGCGCGCAUCGUCCAAGCUGCGCGUCGUGGCCCUCGGCGAGCAGGCCUUCACCCGUCUCCUCGGCCCCGCCAAGGACAUCAUGGCUCGCAAUGCCGGCGAGCGUUAUGGUUACGCCGAUGAGUACUCGGUAGUCAUCAUUGGUCUGGAUAAUGCAGGCAAGACAACGAUGCUGGAGAAGAUCAAGACACUGUACAACCCUACACCGGGUAUGCCCGCAGACAAGAUUGGUCCUACAGUCGGCCAGAACAUUGGCAAGAUCUCGCUGCCGUCCACUACGCUCCACUUUUUCGACCUCGGUGGCCAGCGCGAUAUCCGCUCCAUCUGGCCGCGGUACUAUGACGAAUGCCAUGCGGUGGUGUUUGUCGUGGACGCGAGCGACCAGGCGCGCCUGGCCGAGACGUGGGAGGUGUUUGACGAGGUACUCAACUCUCCGCGCUUGCUCAACUUGCCGCUCCUCAUGCUGGCCAACAAGCAGGACAAGCCCAGUUCCCUCACCGUCGCCGAGGUGCGCGAGGCAUACGAGGCGUGGCAGCGUGCCGCGCGGCCAGAUGGCCAUGCGGAGGGCUCUGCUUCUGCGGUAGGCGCGCCCACGACCGAGGCGGUCGGGCUGCGUGCCGACCAGCUCAACGACGCACAGCGUGCAGAGCGCAUGGCGUCACUCGAUGUUCUCGGGGUGUCGGCCUUGGAAGGCACGGGUGUACGUGAAGCCGUCAACUGGCUGUACAUCCGCGUCCAGAAUGCCCGCCAAAUCCGGCCAUCACUGGGUCAGUUACUUCCGCACUUGGCACUUCGUAACCCGACCCAAGUCUGUUUGGCGUUCCAGCUCGCCACAGGGUCCGCUGGGGACAGCUGGGUGCACGCCUCGGGACUCGUUUACGUCCAGCCGUCAGCUGCCGCCGUCGGAUUCAGGCUCCCGACUCCCGUGUCCAAGUUGGAGCACACCACUCUGCGCGGGUCAGAGGAUCAGAGGGCAGAGUGUCUCGGUUAG